AUGCAUUUGAUUAUGCUUUACCAUGUAGCUUAUACAGCGUCCCCUGCAUCUGGCGAAAAGCUUCACCGAUUCAUCAAGGAGUCUUCCAUCCAAGAAAGAACUGGAUCCUCCAUAUUGAUCUUCUCAUUCACAAGGGAUUCAAAUACAUGGCGCCUCCAAGCUCUGCCAAACAUUGCGGCAUCAAUAUCAGGCCUGGUUAGGAAAUUAUGUUUCCUUGAAUACUCCAAGCUGUCAAUAAAAAUAUACUUUCGUUUUUCUUCUGCAGGAAAACAUUUAUUGCAAGCAAUGAGAGCUGCCCAAUGUCCAGCAUUCCGGCUUCCAAAGAAUACAGGAAAGAGAUUGACAGGGUGGCUUGUACGCGCCAGAGUAAUGGCACUUUUGAACAAGGAGAGCAAGUACUGGCGUCUUCUCCAGAACUCAUUUUUCUCUAUAUGUGCCUUUGCCUCAUCAAGAUGGAAUGUCAUAGCUGAUAUCCCAAUUGUCGCUUCUCUGGUCAAUGAUUCCUCUGGUCGGCACUGA